AUGUCUAAAACUCUAAAAUCGAUAGGAGUAGAAUGUUUGACAUUUCCAAAGGCAAGACAGGACGAAGCUAUCCAUUAACAAACUAUUUUAAGAUUGAAUUCUUUUUUGGGUUGUGAAAAUGAGAUCUUUAAUUGGAACAAUAUUAUAGCAAAACCAGAUCUAUUGGAGAUUAAGAUGAAAAAGCCUAUUUAAUACCUUAAUCCUGAAACAUUCGAGGAGGAUCUUUUAUAAAACGAUGCUUAAUGGCCUUUUGCAGAUAACUCUCUGUUUCUCUUCAAAUCAGAUAACCCCUUCCGAUUGAGUUUAUAUAAAUCCUUUAACGAAAAAUUGUUCCUUUAAGUUAUCCGAAUUAUCACAUUUUUGAAUAUAAUAGCAGUUUGCCUGUAUGAUUAUUAAUCAAGAAUUAACCAAGAAGAUGACAAUAGAAAUAGAAUAUCAAUAACCUUAGAGAUAUUUUGCAAUAUUAUUUUUGGCUUGGAAUGUCUUGGAUCAAUAAUAAUAAAGGGUUUUGUAUUAGGAAAGAAUGCUUAUUUAAAAUCUUGGUGGAAUGUUGUAAACUUCCUUACUUUCAUUGCUACUUGGUCAAUAUUGGGAGACAUCAAAAGUGAAAAUCAAUUGGUUCACAUUUUGAGAGUCAUACGAUUAUUUAGGACAUUGCGUUUGAUAUAGGAUUCCAAAAUUUUAAAGAAACAAUUUGAUGCAUUCAUUGGAAGUUUUUCUAGAUUGGGUCCAAUUUUAAUACCUUUACUUUUCGUAGUUCUAUACUAUAGCAUAAUCGGUCUGCAUUUAUUUAUGGGGAUUACAGAAUAAAGAUGUAGAGAGACUCCUGAACCAGUUAAUGAAGAUUGGAAAGCAGUAGACGAUAUAAAAUUCUUAUGUGGCAUUUGGGAAUGCUCAGAAAAUUCAUAUUGUGGAUCAUUAGCAGAUUAUAAUCUACCUAGAAAUAGGACAGAAAAUGUGAUUGAAUAAUUUGGAUUUGGAUUUAUUCGUUUUGAUGAUUUUUUUUACUCUUUAUUUGUUGUAUUUACAUUCUUAAAUGUCACAGGAUGGUCAGGGACAACAUUUAUGUUUUGGAGGGCAAUGACCACUUAUAUUACUGCAUUUUAUUUCGUAUCUUUAAUUUUUAUAUUGGCAUAUCUUUUAUCAAAUUUGCUAUUGGCUUCAUUUUAUGAAUCAUUUUUAGUAUUAAGUACAAUAAAGUAAAAUAAAAGUAUUGACAAUGAGAAGGAAGUAAUAGAAAACGAAAUAAUGAAAAAGAAAUAGCAAUAGAUAAUGACUAGAUUGGCUUAAAUAAAUGAAUAAAAGUCAAAAAAAAGAAAUUCUAAAAAGAAAUAUUAGAUAUCUUUAUAUUACUAAGAUGAGGAGGAUUAGCAGACUUUCUUAUCGGAACAUUUCUAGAAAUUUUUAAACAUAUCAACUAUAAUAGCUAAGUCAAAUACCUUUAAAUAUAUAAAUUGCACCGUAAUAAUAAUAUGUGCAAUAGUAAUUGUUUAUGAUCAUCAUGGAAUAAGUAAAACAAGUUAUUAAAGUCUAAUGAUUCUAGACUUUAUAUGUAUCAUCUAUUUUAUAUUCGAAUUCAUCAUAUCAUUAUGGGGAAAUGGUUUGGCUGAAUAAUUUAAAGAAAUCAUUGAUGUGUUUGAUUCACUGGUGAUUAUGACUUAAAUCAUACUGAUUAUUGUUUUAUUUUUUUUUGACGAGUCAAUAAUUGUUAACACAAAUAGAUACAUUAAUUUAAUAAAGGCAUUCAAAAUGCUUCGUUUAAUCAAAUUACUCUAUAUCGCAAGAGUUUUCUACUCUAUUAGCGUGCUAGCAAGAUGUUUAAUCUAAACUCUCUUUAAAAUUAAGGAUAUGAUAUUGCUUUUCAUAAUAAUCAUAUUAUUUACUUGUCUAUUUGGAUAAGAGUUUUUAGCAUACAAAGUAAGAUUUGAACAAUUACCUAAUGGAUCCUAUCAACCAGUCGAUUCAAUUAAUGGCAUUUCAGCAUCUAUUAAUUAUGAAGGAUUAGGUAAUUCUUUUAUGGCAGCCACUAAUAUCUUUUAUAACGAAGAAUGGCACAUAACUAUGUUAUUAUAUGGAGAGAAAAUAUGGGUUUCUCUCCUCUAUCAUAUUUUCUUUAUCUUAUUAGGAUAAAUUCUGUUUGUCAGAUUAUUAUUAGCAGUAUUUUUAAAUGAAUUUUGCACUUAACUUAAAAAAAUAGAAUAAGAAAUUAAACCCAUUAAUUUUACAUAAUACUACAAGAAUGCUGUUGGAUUUUUUGUUUCCAUCCUAAAAAAGAGAUAACGAGCCAAAAUUCAUAGUAUUACAUCAAAUAUCAAUGCAGCCAAUUAAUAAUAAUUAAAAACAUAAGCUUAAGUUUAAACCUAACCAAAUGAUGCUAAGAAAAAUGGAAAACUUUCCCUAUUCUUUGAACUAAAAGCUCAAAAAGAUGGUGCCAACCCUAAUAGUGACUUAAUUGACUAUAAAGUGUAGACUCCCACUAAUAUUCUAUCUAAUAAGGAGAGCAUAAUUGAUUACUUAAGAAAACCCGAGGAAAAAAAAGAUGCUUCAGAUGAUCAUGUUAAAGAUCAUAAUAUAGAAGAUGAAAUUAACGAGAUAGAAGAUGAAUCUAUUGACCAUGAGAAUAUCAAAUCUCCAGGAUAAGUGAAUGAUCCAUCCUCAUCUAGAAAAAUGAAUCAAAACAUCAGGAAAUCAGUGCGCAGAGAAAAUUCAGAGAAAACACUUUUCAUCUUUGCUCCAGAAUCUGAUUUUAGAAUGUUAGUGACUUCCCUGGUUACAAAUAUCUAUUUUAGAAUAUUUAACUUUGCCUUAAUUUUACUAACUUGUAUAAGGAUUGCUUUAUUAAGUCCACUAGAAGAUCCUAAUUCAGACAUUUCAUUUACAUUGUAGGUUGGGUACAUAUUCUUAACAGUAUUUUACAUUUUGGUGAUACUUUUAAAUUGCAUUGCUUUUGGAUUAUAUAAGAAUGAGUAAUCUUUCUUCAGAUAGUCAAUAUAUAACAUCUUCUCAUUUGUGAUAACAAUUGUGGAUUUGAUAACUUUGAUUUUUGAUAUAAGUCAUCCACUAAGCAAAUUUGUAACAUCCCUAAGAAUUUUAUAAUUUAUUCAGAUAGGAGCAGUGUUUUCAAAGAAUAUUGCCUAUGCCUAAGCAUCUUUAUUAAAUGCUUUUACUUAGAUGAUUCAAUUAACCAUCUUCUGCUUAAUAUUAUUAGCAAUAUACGGAGUUUUGGCUCUAAAAUUGUUGAAAGGGACCUUCUAUUAUUGCGAUGCUUAUGAUAGUAUUCAUAAGGACUUCAUUAUAAAGAAAGAGGAUUGUUUUGAUUAUGGGGGAUCAUGGGUAAAUUAAAUAUUAACCUUUGAUACCAUCUUUUAGAGUAUUUUGACUCUGUUCUGUACUGCCACAUCUGAAAAUUGGAUACCAUUAAUAUAAUAGGCUUGGAAUGCUGUUGAUGUAGAUCACCAGCCAAUACAGAAUUAUAAUAGAAUAUAUGCUCUAUAUUUUCAGUUAUUCUUCUUCUUAGGCAAUCUCUGCUUGUUAAAUAUGUUUAUUGGUCUCAUUGUGAAUGCUUAUCAAGAAGCAAAGACGAAGGCCUAAAACUUCCAUUUACUUGAUGAAACUCAAAGGGAAUGGUUCUAAAUAAAAAUGCAAAUUUAUAAUAUGUAACCAUUGGUGAAAUCCAAAAAACCAUCAAAUUACAUAAGGAAAAUACUAUUUUAAUUAGUUAAAUAAAAGUAUUUUAAAAUAUUUUGGUUAAUCAUCAUAUUUUGUAAUACCAUAGUUUUAUCAAUGUAUUUUCACCGAUCUGAUUAAAGUGUUGGUGAUGACUACAACCAAAUAUUAGAUUCUAUAAAUAGUGUGUUUGUUUUUAUUUUUGCUUUUGAAAUCGUUUGUAGAUUCCUGGCUAAAGAUAAGAGCUUAUACUUUAAGGACAACUCAAACAUCAUGGAUAGUAUUGGAAUUUGGUGGGCCAUAGCAAAUUUGUUUAUUCGUAAUCAUGAGGAUUAUAAUUUUCAUUUUAGAAGAAUUUCAAAUGCUAUAUCAGUAGCAUUCUAAUUGUAAAGAAAUUUCAGAAUAAUAAAGCGUUUUAACAAUUUGGAGAAGCUAUUUUCAUCCAUCUUCUCAGUAAUCCCCAAUUCAUUGUCGAUGCUCUUUAUUAUGUUCAUAUUUUUAUUCAUUUACACAACACUCGGAAUAGAUAUGUUUGCAUUCAUAAGAACUCAGUCAAAUCUAAAUGGAUGGGAUCAACAUUUUCGCAAAUUCUCAACUGCCAUGUUCUCCCUUAUUAAGGUUGCUAGUUCAGAAAGUUGGUGGUUCAUUAUGGUUGAUACUCUGCACGAAUAAUAACCUAAUUUUGCCUGUAAUUAUAUGUCAACCUAUGCUGAUUACUAAAAGUAUGGCUUCAAUGGAUGUGGCACUCCUUAUGCCUAUUUAUAUUUCGUCUCAUUCCAUCUGAUAUUUUCAUUGAUGAUUUUAAAUUUGCUGAUUGCCUCUGUGCUUGGAGCAUAUGAGGAGCAUGUCAAAAGUGAAGAAUCUGCAGUAAGCAAGUAUUAAUUGAAUGAUGUGUUGUCACUAUGGCGGAAUUAUGAUCCUGAAGGGAAAGGACUAAUCAAUUACAAGGAUUUUUGGAAGUUGUCAUCUGAAAUCGCAAUAAUAUUCGGAGUGGCCUAAGAUGAUUUAUUAGAUGUAAAUAAUAAGAAGAACUUUCUCAAAGUCUUAAACAUUCCUAUAUACGAAUCGAAGGAGUCCAAUAUGCUUUGUUAUCAAUUCCAUGAUGUCAUCUUAUCUCUGACUAAGAUAUCUGUUACACUGAAAUAUGGGGUUACAAGUUUGGAACCUACGGACAAGACCGUUUAGUAAAAAUUAAGGAUUCAGUUAGGUGAUCUUUAAAGGAAGGAUGCGACUAGCAAAUUUAAACCAACUAGUUUCAAUAGUGGGGAUAUGGUUGCUAUAAUUUACAUUCAAAAGAAAUUCAGAUUGUGGAAGAAAAGAGUUUAGCUUAAAAGAGAGGGUGGAGAUUAUAAGAUUAUCUAUAACGAAAUGUCAGAUUUGAAAAAUUUAAUAAAAAAAUAAAUAGAAAUGGAAGAACGAUAAGAUUUGAAAUCGAAAAUAAAAGAAUGA